AUGUAUCGAGGAGGAUAUAACGGUGCACCGGAGAGUUAUCGAAAUAUUCCGCCGACAGGCGCGCCUAUUCUAUCGUAAGUCUUAUAUAGUUACUUUUUCAAAAAGAAAAACGACAUUUAUUUGUAGACCUCGCGGUAACCGGCCAGUUGCUGAGAUUCCAAUUCAACAUUUCAAUAAUCAACCGCCACACCCACAUAUGUAUUAUCCAGCUCAAACUCCACAAAUGCCAAUUCAACCACCACAAUAUCAACAAAUCCCCCAAUUACCCCGUCCAGGUCUUCUUUCUCCUCCUCAACUCAUUUCGAAUGAUAAACUUUCAUUGUCACGAAGACGUGGAUUCGAUCAAGCGCCAACUUAUGAGAAAUUUGGAGGAGAUAUGGAUAUAUCGAGAAGUCGAAGUGGAUCACCAAAACGAGCACAUCGAGAUAGAUCUCCGUUGAAAAGUUUCGAUGAUGUCAGAGAUGGAAUUUUAUGGCAUGAUGAUAAUUAUUAUAAUGUAAGUUUUUUUCAAUAAUUUUGAGAGAUCGAAAGAAAUUAGAUUUUUUUUAGUUUUUGGUGUACUGGGUUGAGAAAUUCGAUGGCGAAAGACGUGGACAUCGCGAUGAUGAAACAAAAAAACUUGUCGAUCUUAUUACAAGUAAGUAUUUUUGAGCUGCUUUUCAAAAGAAUAAUAUAAAUUCCAGAAGCCAGCCGAAUUGAGAGGGAGAAAAUUAAUUUGCCACCUGAAUAUUCGAAAUCAGAUCGCGAUCGACUUGUUCACUGUGAUUUGACAAUUUCAACCCUCCCAUCAUCGAUUUUCUUUGGAAGUGGAUAUGGAUCAAGAAGCAAAUCAGCAAAAAAUGCAGCAGCCAAGGAUUUGAUCGAUAAAUGUCAUCGAAUUGGAGUCAUUUCAUCAGAAUUGCAUACUGCAAUCGGUGAUCGUUAUCAAUUUGAUACAGUGAGUCAAAUAAUAUCUGCAAAUUACAACAAAUUAAUGAAUUAUCAUUUUCAGAAAAAGUACUCUAAAGAAAUCAAUAAAUCCCUUGAAUCAAUAAAACUUCUUCGUCGAAAGAUCUCAGCAGCGAAAUUACCGCGAGAUAUUAUUUCACAAAGACAAAUUGAUCCAGAUAUUAUCAAUAAAUUCAAAGUGCUUUUGAGAGAGGUUAGUUUUGGGUUUUGUGUGAAAAUGUCAUUAAAAAUCGUUAUUUUUGGGGACUUUUUCUGAUUUAUGUGUGAUUCUCUUUAGGUGAUGAUGGAAAUUUACUAUGUGGAUUCUGCUAAGCCACCGGCAAAAGUUGAGGUUUGUGAAGUUGUUUUGGGUUGAAAGGGUUUAUUCAAUUUCUUCAAUAAGUUAAUUUACUCAUGGAAAGUCUCAUUGUAUCUUACAAAAAUAAUACAGGUAAGUAAAGUAAUCAAGAGAUAUUCAGAAAAUGCCAGCAAUUGUCAAAGUUGUCAAAAAUGGUCCAGUUGUUCCAUUAUCUCCAGAAAAAUUGAUUGCAAUGAAAGAAGAACAAUUGAAAAAGAAAUUGGAACUUGAAUUGGAAGCAAAGCGAAAACAAAUGGAAGAAGAGAUUCGAGCACAGAUUGUUGAAGAAGAAAGAGCUAAAAUUCGAGAAGAAAUUGAAAGAGAAAAACGAUUUGAAAUGCUGUUGAUACAACAACAACAAUAUGAAAAAGAAAAAGAAAUGAAAGAACGAGAAAAAGCAUUAUUAGAACAACAGAAAAAGGAAUUGUAUUUACAACAACAGAAAGAUGUUGAAGAUGAAUUGAAUCGAAUGGUUGUUCAGUUAGAAAACAAACUUUUAGAAUUCAAAGACAAAGGAAUGACAAGUGUUUUGGAACUCAUUUUCUCAUCGAGCGCUUUUAAAACAAUUGCAUCAAUGGCUGAAAGUUCGAAUAAAAUGACAAAUGAUGAUAAAAAGCAAUUAAUUAUUGAUUUAAAAGCUCUUCUUGAAUGUGCUGCAUUAUCAGUUAAUUCUUUAAAUGGAACUCAUUCAAAUACUUCGUCUUCAUAUCAAUCAUCUUCAUCUUAUGGAAUGGGUGAUAAUAGUUCGAAUUCAACAUCAGCAUAUUCAAGUUAUGCAAAACAAAUUGAAGAACAAAAUCGUGCUGGAUUUCCAUUGAAAUCAGCAAGUGAUUUGAGAACUUCGGGACAAUCUUCGUCUAGACAAACUACUUCGAUUUCGUCUUCUUCAAAACAAUCUUCAUCUUCAAGACCUUCUUCAUCGGCUUCAAAUAAAAGACAACCACAGCAAAAGGAAAGUAUUACACAACAGGAACCGGUGAGUUUAUAUGAGAAACGAAUAGACAAAUAUUGUGAGAGAUUUUAAAUGGCCCGGCAACUCAGAAAUUAACAUGGACUAAAAUGAAAGAUAUUUAUCUCUAGAUUAUCCGAAUCCGAAAAAGGCUUUCUCGAUUUUAUCGAGCCCGAAGAAAAGCUUUUGAGAAAUAGAGGGACUAGCAAAUUUCCUCGAGUUCUGUAAAAUCGAGGAAUCCUUUUCGCAACUUUAAAUAUAGAUUCGGACAAUCGAGAGAUGAAUAUCUUUCAUUUUAGAACAUAUUUAUUUCUGGGUUGCCGGGUCAUUUAUGAUAACUAUAGAAUGUAAUGUUCAUUGACAUCAUGAGAAUAAGGGUUGUUCAGAUCAUACGAUUCGAGUCUAAGAGUCGGAAAUUAAUUGGAUCAGAAAGCCUUAUUUAAAUACAAAUUUUUUGUCUCUUCUGAAAAGUAUAUUUCCAAAUAAACUCAGAGAUGAAGAAGACCUCGGAGUCAAAAACUUUUCCAGAGUUUUUUUUGAUAUAGAACAAGGGAGAUUGAUUUUUUGGAGUUAGGAAACGUUGACCAUCAAAAUUCCAAAUUUCACACUAUACAAAUGUUUCAAGCAAGAAAUCAACAUUUAACAACAUAUUUUUCUUUGCUAAUUUCUACAUUUUUGAAGAUCAGCCCUGUUGAGAACAUAGUUUGAAUUCAAGAUUCACUAUCUUUCCCUUUCUCCAUCAUCAAUUUCCAAAAAUCUAGGUAAACCGUGUUCGAGUCGGUGGUGUCUCAAUUCGUUCUUACAAUUCGAUUGAACAACGUCGUUUAACAACUGGAACCAAAGUGAUUGCUCAAGAUAUGAAAAAUGGAAAUUGGCAAGUUGGAACAAUUAUGUCAAUCAAUAAUAAUAGAGCAACAAUUGCUGUUGGAAGUUCAACUUGGAAAAAGGAUUUAUCUGAUUUGUACACAGAAGAUGAUAAUAAGUUUUGAUUUUUUCAAAAAUAAGUAUCCCCUUCAUUUUCAUUUUUUCAUCGACAUUUUCAUUAUUUUAUCCCCGUUUAUUCCCAUUUUCAUGAUUCUGAGUUGAAUUGUAUUUUUUGUAUCGUUUUAUAUGUUUUUUUGUGUACCGAUGGAUGAAAUAAGUAAUGGAAAUGUUUUGGUAGAGUUUUCAUUGAUCUUGUUUGACUUCGGAUCGAUGGAAUUCUCAAAGGUAGGAAACGGUGAGAAAGAAUUUUAUAAUAUCUGAUUUUUCCAGAAUUUAUUUGGAUCUGGAUGUUAGCGUGGAUCGAAAGUUCGAGUUCGAAUGUUCCGAAAGCUUCUCUAGUACGGGAAAUCGAAACUGAAAAGCGGCAUUCGAAGGGAGAAAUUUACAAGAUAAUCAAUUAAACGUAUACUUGGGAGUUUAUAAAUUCCAAAUUUGAUUUUGUGAUUCUCUAAUAUCGGAUAGGUAUAGUUUGAAGACACAAAGAAUACUAGAAGUUAUUGGAUCAUAGAAUAAUCUGAAUGUCAAGAUCAGUGAUUAUCUACUUUUUCUGGCGUAUUUCAAUGAAUUCUCUCGAUGUUUGUUAUCUGGAUUUUGCUUUCUGAGCCAAUUUGAGGGAUAGAUAAUACGAUGAAAUGACAUCGACAUCAACUAUCAAAUAUUCAUGCGAACCUCGGCCAACUUGUUUUGUGCCAGAGUAACAUUUUGCAAGAAAAACCGAAUUGUAAGUUUUGAAAUUCAAGAGUUGCUUUUUUACAAUCAGCCUCUCUAGGCGAUGAUCAUUGAAAGUAAACUUUCUAGGCUUGUCUUCUUGACAACGACGAUUUCUAGCGUCGGCUGCUUGGCAUAGAUGAUCUCAGGGGGCGGGAAAAUAUGCCUUUCCCAUUUUAAAUUUUUGAAUUAAAAAGAUUUGCAAAUUUCCAAAAAUUAUCAACAAUACAAAUUGGAAACGUUGACUUUUCCGUAAUUUUUGAAAUUAAGAAUCCUUGAUAAUAUAUUUCAGAUAAGUUAUUCACCGUUACAGCUCAUUCGUGAAAUGUUUUAAUCACCGAAGCUUUUUUUGAAGAAAUACAACAAUUUCAGUCCAGUUAAGAUUUGUGAAACAAAAAAAUGAAAGGAUGGCGGGAUUCUAAAAAGAGACAUAGAAACUCGAGAGGCACAGAAAACAAUCCAAAAGAAAUCCAAAUUCUAAAUUUCGUAGAUUUAUAUUUUGGAUGUCUCUUGGGAAGUUUUCUGUUCUUAUUGAUUUGCCCUUACAAAUGCCGUACGAUUAUAAAGAGCGAAUAGUAAUCAAUAAUUUCAAGAAAAAUCUGGUAAGUUCCGAUGGGCUAGGAAAAUUGAAACAAUUUCGAACAAUCGAGUUUUUAGGAAAGCGGAUGAGAACGAUAAUUUACAAGAUGGAUUAAACUCUGGAAAAUUCGAAUUAUAAUUGUGGCUGAGAAACAUUGGAAUAUUUACCGGUAAACGGAAUAGUGUGGAAAAAAUCAAAACUUCGGAGAAAUUGAGAUUUUAACACAAUUGGAAAAACAUUGGAGAACAAACGAAAAGAAAACUGUUAAUAUCAGUUUUGACACUUUCGUGAUCCAUGUGGAACCAAAAUGGCCUAGAAAACCAAUAAUUGUAUCUUCACAAUCAAAAUCAAUGAAUUUUCCGUGAAGAUUGAAUUUAAUUUUCUCUUCCGUGGCUCAAAAAUAUUCAUAUGAAUAAUUUGAAUCACUUGAAUGUUUCAAUUGGAACUUUUAAAACAAAAAACACAUCGAUUUGGAUCUUCAAUUUUCUUCUUCGAUCAGACGCUUCAUACAGAAUUCUGGAUUUCCAGCGAAAUACAAGGAUUUUUCUUGGAUAGCUCAACAUCGAUUGAUUUUUUUUUAAUCUACAGAGUCAAAAUGAGGAAUAAUAGAAAAUGUGUUCCUGGGGCCCCAAAAAAUCAUUAUUUCCGAAAUAAAUUUCUGUUUUUUCAGAACUUCCCAAUCAUCAUCAAUAACUUCUUCAUCGUCGAUGCUGGAUAGGAUUUCAAAUAUCAAACAUGGUUAUAAAUCUUCAUUUGAAAUUUUGAGCGAUUGGAGGAAUCUCGGAUAUGGCGACUCGAAUUCAUCGAUCAACUUAUGGAAACCGUAA